AUGGAGGAGCGCGGCCCACCUGACGUGCCGCUGAUCGUGACGCCACCAGGCGUAGGUGCGGCGAUAACCAGCUCUCGGCGUGCUGCCUCCACGCGCGCCUCCCGUGAUGACCCGCCGCCAUCCACAUGGCGUUCCUCGGUGCGUGUACGCGACACCAGUUUCCGUGGCUCCCGAAAAAGCGUCGUACGACUCGAACCACCCUGUAAUGGCCUCAACGGGUUGCCCGCCAUCGGCAAGGAGGUCCUUUCACUGGGCGCGACGGGCGGGCAUAAGGGAACGACGCAACCAUCCCACCCCUGCACUAUCCUUCACCAUUCUCCUUAUAAGGCCGCUUGGGAUUGGUUGAUCCUCAUACUAGUUAUCUACACCGCAAUAUUCACCCCUUACGUAGCCGCAUUUCAACUAAAUGAACCAGAUUUCGACAAACGCUCGCGCGGGUUCGGCCAGGACCCUAUUGUUGUUAUUGAUAUGAUAGUUGACGUGACCUUCAUAAUAGAUAUCCUAAUAAAUUUCCGGACAACAUACGUGAAUGCUGCGGAUGAGGUUGAAUCGGAUCCAGCGAAGAUAGCACUACAUUACCUUCGUGGAUGGUUCGUCAUCGACCUCGUUGCUGCCAUCCCCUUCGACCUUCUUCUCUUCGGCACCGACACCGAUGAACAGGGGCUGGAAAGUGAUGAGACGACUACUCUCAUCGGUCUGUUGAAAACAGCGCGGCUGUUACGCCUGGUCCGUGUGGCGCGUAAAAUUGACCGAUACUCCGAAUAUGGCACCGCUGUCCUCCUACUUCUUAUGGCUACCUUUGUUCUUAUUGCGCACUGGCUAGCUUGUAUAUGGUAUGCGAUUGGGAGCUGGGAGAGACCUCAACUGCCUGCCCCUAUUGGUUGGCUUGACGCUCUCGCUAACGAUGUACAGGCUACUUACGAUAACUCAACCGGACCGUCUCUGAGAUCUCGGUACAUCACAGCUUUAUACUUCACCUGCACUUCGUUGACGAGCGUCGGCUUCGGGAAUGUAGCACCUAAUACUGAUUUGGAAAAGGGAUUUACGAUAUUUGUCAUGCUUGUAGGAUCACUAAUGUACGCUAGCAUAUUUGGUAACGUAUCCGCAAUAAUUCAAAGACUGUAUUCGGGGACCGCACGGUACCAUACGCAAAUAUUGAGAGUCCGAGAAUUCAUCAGAUUCCAUCAGAUUACAAAUCCCUUACGGCAAAGACUAGAAGAAUAUUUUCAACAUGCGUGGAGCUAUACGAAUGGAAUUGACACGUCCAGCGUUUUAAAGGGAUUUCCUGAAUGUCUUCAAGCCGAUAUUUGCCUUCAUUUAAAUCGUAAUUUGCUUGCAAGCUGUGCCGCCUUUGAUGGUGCUAGUCCUGGUUGUUUAAGAGCACUCUCCCUAAGAUUUAAAACAACGCACGCGCCUCCCGGAGAAACUUUGGUUCAUCGGGGCGAUGUACUUACGUCUUUAUUCUUCAUAUCUAGAGGUUCCAUAGAAAUUCUGAAGGACGAUAUUGUUAUGGCUAUUUUAGGCAAAGAUGACAUCUUCGGUGAAAACCCCUGUAUACACGGGACAGUGGGUCGUAGCAAUUGCCGAGUACGUGCUCUCACAUAUUGCGACCUUCAUCGUGUGCACCGAGACGAUCUCCUUGAUGUCCUCGACUUCUAUCCCGAAUUCCGCGCAUCCUUCGUCAACAGUCUGGAAAUCACCUAUAAUAUGCGAGACGAUGAACUGGGCGGCAUCGAACCUCGGCGGAGGAUGCGCUACGAAAACCCAUGCGACGCAAGACUACUGCGUGAGGCAUAUGCGCGUACAACGAGACGGCCUCACACCGAGACCUUUGCUGACAAGGUGGAUUCUCAGUGUAGCGAUGAAGAUACAGAAUCACCACCUAGUCGAGGUAUCCUAGAAUUUUCUGCUGACAAAGCGGGUCAGGAUGUCACACCUCUUAAUUUUAAUUUUAGUAAACAACGCUCCACAACGCUUAAUUCAAUUACAGGCAUGCUAGCGCAACUAAAACGGAGCUUCCCAGACCUCUACCACCAUAAAACUCACCAGCCGCUGCACAACAAAUACUCUCAAUCAACGCCGCAAACGUACAGAGGAAGGUCAGGCGUCCGCCGGCAAUCUUCCGUGGGUCCUCUGAACGACACUUCUCCGUUAACGGGCGGUCCGGCUGCGGGGGAAGCAGCCGUGAGCACGCCCGCACACAGCGCCACGCUGCCCGUCUCUAGCCUCAGCACCAACCCCAGCUCGUAUUACACCAAUGCUUCCCCCAGUCCGCCCGUGCCUGCUCAAGCUCCCGCGCCGGUACACGUCUCCUGCGACGACAUCCUCGCUCCACACGCGCCGUACUCCGCCGGCCGCGCCUCACGCUCCGCUCCGCACUCAGCCGUCAAUUUACAUCAAACAGGGCGACCGACUGCUCUCGCUUUCACCUCUGAAAGAAUGCAAAACGCCACACAGGAUGUUUUGUCACCGCAAUACCAGAACGUAGGUGCGGCAGCGACGGCGGCGUCGGUAGCCACGAUAUUGUCACGGUUAGAAGAGCUGAGCAGACGGGUUGCCGUGCUGGAGACCGGGCUGACUGCAGACGUACGACGCAUCCUGCAGCUGCUGCAAGCUCGCGAGGCGCCGCUGCAUAACGCACAACCAGCGCACACUCCCUCUCAACCCUUGUCGAAGCCUUCGUUAUCCGUUCCUCACACUAACGAGAAUCAAUGGGAGUGGAACUGGAAUGGUGAACGUGGCGGUCGCAGCGGACGCGAGCGCACGGAGCGCACGCCAGGCGUCCAGCGGUCGGCGUCGGAGCCGCACGCGCCAGUGCCGCCGGCCCUCCCGCCCCCGCCGCACUCCCACUCGUUCUACAGGUAG